GUGAAUGCAUCAGAUUCCUCCUUUACAUAAAGAGUACUCCACCAGUAAAUGCCUCUUCAUCUUUACACUACUUAAUUUUGUGCUAUAAAUAUCACCACAAUUGGCGUGUGCCCUCCACACUUCUCCAUAUCUUACAAUAUUCUACUGCGUACUGUUUUUUUUUCUUCUAAAUUUUCUUCAAUGGCAUCCAUAACAAAAAUCCAAGAAUUAGCCAAAAAUGACGACAUAGAAAAACAACCCCCCAUGCAAGUAGACCAAAAUCUUGAAGUUGAAAUAGUAGAUUACUCAAAAAGAGCACAAUGGCUUAGGGCAGCAGUAUUAGGUGCAAACGAUGGAUUACUCUCAACAUCAUCUUUAAUGAUGGGAAUAGGAGCAGUUCAUGAAGAUGCAAAGUCCAUGAUCCUCACCGGUAUCGCGGGGCUCGUAGCAGGAGCAUGUAGCAUGGCUAUAGGAGAAUUUGUGUCUGUUUAUUCACAAUAUGACAUAGAAGUGUCACACAUGAAAAGAGAAAACGCAGCGGAAUUAGAGGAAAAAAUGAAGAAUUUGCCUAAUCCAUUACAAGCUGCGGGUGCAUCUGCUUUUGCAUUUGCAAUAGGUGCAAUCGUGCCUUUAUUAGCUGCUGUUUUUGUGAAGAAUUAUUAUGUGAGGUUGGGGGUUGUGGUGGGUGCUGUUAGCUUGGCACUUUUAGGAUUUGGAGGAUUAGGUGCAUACUUAGGGAAAGCACCAUUAGUGAAGUCUUCAUUAAGAGUGUUGAUUGGUGGAUGGUUUGCUAUGGCAAUCACUUUUGGAUUGACUAAAUUAGUUGGUGUUACAGGACUACAUGUUUAAUUUCUACUAUAGACUAUACUAUAUUUUGCCUUUUAAGAUUGAAAUAAAUUAAAGGUCAUUUACUACCUAGAUUUGUAGUUCCUCCUUUUUGCUUUUUAUAUACAGGUAUAAAUAUAAUAUAACGUAACUUGUAAUUUUAGUGGGGAGUUUUAGUCAAUUUAAUUUGAUGUUGCAGUAUAUGUAAUGAUAAAAGAAUCCGUUUGUUAUGCUUUUUAA